AUGGGCCGUGCCGUGCCGGGCCGGCCCGGCCCGUUUGGCCAGUCUGUGUCGGCCCGUGAACCAGCCUGCUGCUCGCUCCAUCUUCUCUUUCCUCCGCCGCACUCAACCACGUCCCUGUUGCCCGCCCCACUCAUCUCCUUCCUUCAUCUGCCCUAUUGCCCGCCCCACUCAUCUCCUUCCUUCAUCUGGCCUGUUGCCUGCUCCAUCUUCUCCGCCCCUGAUCCAAUGCUCGAAUCCAUGGCAGACAAGCCCACCUGGGUCACCAGUCUCCAGAUGAGUCAUGGCGAACCUGUACCCUUCAUCGAGCCCUCUCCCUCUUUCCUUCCCAUGAUUAAAUCUGCAGCACAGCAGCACACCACUGUUGCCAUUGCUGCAACGAACCAUCACGAGCCUGCGGUAUCUCGCAUCCAGUCCGUAGUGGAGCCACAGAUUGAAGGGAGAUUAGGGGAUCUCGAUUUGUUCGAGCUAGAUAGUUGGCAUGGUGGUCAAGACGGCGGUACUGUUGCAGAAACUAGGAUAUCCUCUCCAAUCUCUGUGGUAGCAGACGCCACUGUCCGUGCCAACGAGGAUGCGCUAAUCCAGAAGACAGAGCCCAUCGUACAGCAACCCACGGCGCGCGUCGGCUGCUGGAAACGGAGGAACAAAGGUGUUACAGGGCCUGAUGCAAGAGUAUGCCCGAGCAAGACAAGUUACCUGCAAGAUUGUAUUGCAAGAGCGACUGACAAUCACAGUAAAGACUUAUUUGCCCCCAUUGAGGGCAUAUUGUUCGACACAUGCAAUGAAGCAUAUGAGAUGUACAAUUUGUUUUCAUGGGAGAAUGGGUUUGGGAUUCGGCACUACAAAACAAGGACAAAUGGAACAGGGUACAAGGCUAUGCACGAGAUAGUCUGCCAGUGUCAGGGCAAGAGUGAGAAAGAGAACUCUGAAUCUUGUAGAACAGGAUGCAAGGCAAUGGUGCGCCUCCUUCGUACAAAGGACCAUGGGUGGUAUGUCUCCUUGUUUGUUAACGAGCACAACCACCCGUUGUCGGCUGGAUAUGAGGAGACGCGGUAUUGGAAUUCUCACAGUGUCAUAGAUCCUUUGUUGAAGGGCUUCAUUCGGAACCUAAGGGAGAACAAUGUCAGCCUGAGCAAGGUUUACAAUAUUCUUUGUGUGGCACAUGGCGAUGGUGCAUCUGUACCGUUCCGCAAGGAGAAUUUGAAGUACUUGUGCUCCCGUAUUGCGCAAGAAUCCAUAAAUGAAGACAUAUACAAAACAGUUGAUCUGCUGCAACAAAUGAAGACUGCUGACCCAAACCUGGAGGUGUGUGUAAAUGUCGACAAGGAAGGAUCUGUUCAGACUAUUUUAUGGUGCACCGGGAAAAACCGUGAAGAUUAUGCACACUUUGGCGAUGUGGUCACAUUUGAUACAACUUGCAGGACAAAUCUUUAUAACAUGCCAUUCGGCAUAUUUGUUGGUGUGAAUAACCACUUUCAGUCCACUAUCUUUGGAGGAGUUCUGAUGCGACAUGAGAACAUUAAGGGGUUUGAGUGGACAUUUAGAACCUUUGUCGAGACAAUGAAUGGCAAGCAUCCACAGACAAUUCUGACAGACCAAUGCAAGGCGAUGGAAGGAGCCAUAAAGAGUACAUUGCCUAACACCCAGCAUAGGUGGUGUAAGUGGCAUGUAUUGAGGUGUGCAAAGGAGAAGCUUGGGCCUGUUUACAGCAAGAACAGUGACUUCAAAAGGGAGUUCCAUGCAAUAAUAAAUGAAAUUAUAUGCGUUAAGGAGUUUGAGUGCAAGUGGUCUGAACUUUUACAAAAAUUCAAUUUGGCGGAUAACCUGUACCUAGAAAAUUUAUAUAGCAAGCGACAUAUGUGGGCAAAACCAUAUUUCUCUGGUGUCUUUUGUGCUGGAAUGACAAGUACCCAACGUAGCGAGAGCGCGAAUCACAUGUUGAAGCGGUACAUACCCAGAUCAUCACCCAUGCAUCUAUUCGUCAAGCAAUACAACAAGCUUCUUCAAUCGCGUUCAGCUGAUGAGAGUAGGCAGCAACACACCACAAAGAUGGUGCUGAUACGCAAUGAUGUGUUGAAGAUACCACCUAAGAAUAUUGUGAAGCGUUGGACCAAAUGGGCAAAGGACGUGCAGCCUUGCAACCUUCCUGUGCCACUUCCAUUUGACCAGCAGGAUGAUCUGUCAUACCGGCAGAAUAUUCUGUACAUCGCCGCUCUUGAGACAGUCAAGGAGACAUCUUGUUGCAAGAGCAUGCUUGGCAAGACGCUGAGAGUUUUACAGGAUCUCAAGACUGAGGCUAUAAGUCUUGGAACACCUUUGGUGACGUUUGUACCUGGUACAUGUACUAUUGUAGUUCCUGGAACACCUUUCGUGAUCUCUGUACCUGAUACAGGUUUGCAUCACCACGGCCGCCCCGCCCCAGCCUUACUUGAAGUUCGCAACUUCGUCACCUACACCAAUACACUCAAGAUCCACGAUGCUUCUCAUCCUCUGUCGGUCCAGACCACUCCUCCAUCCACCGCAAAGCACCACGGCCGCGCCGCCCCAGCCUUACUUGAAGUCCGCAACUUCGUCACCCAUGCCGAUACACCCGAGAUUCACGACGCUUCUCAUCCUCCAUCGGUCCAGACAACUCCUGCAUCCACCGCAAAGGUACCGUUCGCCCAUACGGUAGUCACCAUGGCCGGCGAGUGUUAG